AUGUCAAAAUCUCUCCCGGAAGAAUUAUCCGUUGAGAUACUCGCGAGGCUGUCGAUGAAGAAUCUGGCUCGCUUCAGAUGCGUCUGUAAGACAUGGAGAGAUAUUAUCAACCACCGUGGCUUCGCUAAAAGGUACCGAGACAUUUCUCCGGCCAAGUUCGUGUCGUUUUACGACAAGGGUUUCUACUUGCUUGACGUGGAAGGCAAGAAUCCAGGUAUUACAACACCUCCUAAGCUUGAUUUCCCUUUAGACCAGUCGAUGAUCGACGAAUCCACGUGUGUGCUUCAUUGUGAUGGGACGUUAUGUGUGACUUUAAAGCAUCACACUUUAAUGAUUUGGAAUCCAUCGUCGAAGCAUUUCAAGGUCCUACCAAAUCCCGGUAUAUUCAAACAUCCUCGGUUUCGGUUAUGA